GCAACUGGAAGCCCUUAGAUUCACCCGAGAUAUUCAACACGUUCAGCUCGAGACAUAAUUUACUCCGCUGUGUUUUUGUGCACAGCAAACAGGAAAUUUGGACAAGCGGUGAAGAUUAUGAAAUAAGAUCCUUUAAUAGGGUUGCCAAUUCUACAAAGACUUUUCAAACUUUAUCUGGAGAGCGGCCGAGUGAUAUAACCGUAACAAAUAAUGGAGCAUUAAUUUAUAGUGACUGGAAAUUAUGCACUGUUAAUAAAUUGAUAAAUAAUCAAAUAGAAGUAUUUAUCACGUUACAAGGAUGGACACCUACCAACCUGUUUGCUACGGCUUAUGAUGAUCUCCUCGUCGUUAUGCGUUCAAAUGACAACAGUCAAUCUAAGGUUGUUCGAUACUCAAACGGUAAGGAAUGCCAAACGAUUCAGUACGAUGAAGAAGAUAAACCUUUGUAUUCGGGAAAUACAAAAAUUAAAGGACUAUGUGCGUCCUUUAUCAAUGAGAACAGAAACCUAGAUAUUUGUGUUGCUGACAGUAGAGCAAAGUCAGUAGUGGUUGUAAAUCAAUCUGGGAAAUUACGAUUCCGUUACACAGGUCAUCCCUCUGAGGCCAAAAGAAACCCUUUCAAACCAUUCGGUAUCACAACAAAUAGUCUGGGUCAGAUCCUAACAGCAGAUCAUAACAAUCAUUGUAUCCACAUCUUAGACAAGGAUGGGCAGUUUUUAUUUUAUAUUGAUGAUGUGAUUGAUUCAUACGGAUUGUGUAUUGAUAGAUAUGACAUGUUGUUUGUUACCGAGUACACUACUGGAAACGUGAAAGUAAUCAAAUAUUUUGAAUAGAUGAUACCCUGCAAAUUUAUUGUCUGUACGGUUAUAAUUCAGUUUUGACUGAAUUCCUUAGAAUUGUAAACAUUAUACCUGAAUUUCAAAUGUGAUCUUAACUAAUCGAAGUACUCAAAGUAUAGACAUCCGGGAAAAUUUGAUGGGUUUUGAAAACGCAAUAUAACAGAUCAAGUAGGCAAAUUGGGUUAUUAUUAAUGCGAACAAAGAUUAAUUAACUGUUACACACACUUUUAUAACAUUUCCCACCCAAUUUGUACACUUAGCUCACGGGGAUCUCUAAUUAUAAUAUGAUUUAGGCUAUAAGUGUAAACAAUGGUUAAUAUCAAAGGCGUCCGGAGCAAAUCGAAAGUGGUAGGGCCUAGACAUAUCUAAAAUCUUGACCCCCCCCCCCCAAAAAAAAAAAGGAAAACCAUUUUUGCCAAUCUUCAAAGUUUUAGCCUCAUCCCCCUAUCCCCGGCAACUAUGCAAAAAUAUCAUCAUAUUAUAAAUAGAUAGGACAUAACCUCUACCGAAAGGCAAAUACCUUAUUCAUAUUUUGCAAGGUUUUAAUGUGACUGUCUUACAUCCAUAAACCACAAGGGGCAGUCUUCCAAUAAGCGUACCUCACUUGGUUUAAAACCGCCAUAAUCUGUUUUUCAUCUAAUCGAAUAACAAAGGAAAUAAAUAAUGGCAUGAUGUUUUAUAUGAGUGGAGAUAAUUGAAAUCUAUAUUUUACCGAAUGCGUUAGCGUCAGUUGGAUCUAUGUGCACAUUGAUCUUCAAUUGAUCGAUUUAAACUUACAGAUAAGAAGAUCCAUAUGACGUCUUGUCACUAGGAAUUGACUUCGAUAAUUGUCAAUGUGCAAAUUCCAUGUUUUUUUUUGUUGUUGUUUUUUUUUGCUAUUUUAAUUAUCGUUUUGUCGCAAAUACAAAUGCCCAGUAUUUGUAGAUUUUUCUACAUUUCAACUAUCAUAAUUUCCGGCAUUUUCUUUCAUUUGACACAAUACUGGGGGAAAUGCAAUAAGCAAUUUUGCAUUAUUCCAUUUGUAAUAUUCGUUCUCGUCUGACAUUUAACAUUAAGGUAUGCUGUAACGUUCAUUAAAAAAUCAUUCAAAUGUUUGACAAACAUAUCUAAAGAAAAUAAUUUCCGCUUUCCGACAUCCAAAAUUAACAUAAAUGAGAUAUAAACAGAGUUUCACAACAUUUUUGCCUACUCAAACGACUUUGCGUUGCCCAGUUAAAAUUCAAAGGAUAAAACCUGAAAAAAUGUUGGUAGAAAAUUGUUUGACUUGUGUAAAGCAUCAGGUCUGAGAAUGUGCAACGGUAGAUGCUGGAUAAGAGUGGUAUGGUUACUUUUUUCAAUCACCUUGGGUCAAGCGAUAUUGAUUACGUCCAAGGAUUAUUAUGAUUUUGUGUCAUUUUUUAAAGUCUUAGAUUGUAACAUGUGGUCAGAUCACGCCCCCAUUGAAUUCAACCUACGAAGUUUGUGUAACUCUAUACGCUCCAUUGAUUUAGACAAUAGUGUAUCUUAUAGUACUCAUACCUUUUAUAAGUGGAAUGAUGAUAAGUCUACGGACAUGAGAAGUGCUCUUGAACAACGCCUCUCUGACCUUUACCAAUGUAUUGAAUCUUUUGAAAACUCAAACUUGGGUAUUGAUAGUUGUGUUGACAGAUUUACACAAUCAAUGAUGCAUUCGAUAGCCUUUGCUAUAAAACUAUUAAUAACAGCAGCAACAAACCUUCUAAAAUUAAAAACAAAGUAUGGUUUGACGAAAAAUGUAGAUACUUACAUAUAUACUAUCGUAAUUUUCUACGAGCAUAAAAUAAAGAUAGGAAUACGUACAGUGGGGAACUUUUAAUCAAAGCACAAAAGAAUAUAAAGUAAUGGUAGUAAAAACCAGGAGACGGUAUAUGAAACAUGAGAGCGUCAGACUUGAUUAUCUACCUGACAAUAACCCCAGGGAGGUGUACUAGGUCCCAGCUAGCUACCGACGAUUUCUAUCAGUAUUGUAAAGAUGUGUGUAAAAUAUUUUCCUUAUUAUAUAUGUAUAUAAGUUGUCUUCAUCAUUAUUAACUAUUUUUGUACGAUUGACUGAUUUUCUUUAUGUACUGUGACUUAAAUAAAGAU